AUGAGAUUUUCUUUUGGCGACAAUAUCGAAGAUGAAUUAGUUUUACUUUUCAAUGAUCAGUUCACUGAAUCAGAUAUGGCCAUUAUGCAGAUAGUUAUACAGUAUACAACCCCUGCUUUGCAUACUUUUGGAACAAUUUUUAAUGCGUUGACUCCUUCAAUGAUGUCGAAAAUCUUACUUGAUAUAUCAUCAUUGUAUGAAGCUAAAGAUAUCAUUAAAUCAAUAGAACAAGUUGUGCAGUCAACAUUAAAUUCUGUCAAAACAAAAGUUAUGACUUUAAAGAGAUCUGAAGAGUUCCCUGAUGUUCCCAUACUUCCACAAGACAAAUCAUUGAUAAGAGCGGCCGCAGAAAAGGGAGAUUCCACUUUAAUCAGAUUGCCAAGAUUACAAAAAGGUUUUGUUAAAGAAAUCGAUGAUGAUACAUCUCUUAGUAUUAUAACCGUUCUGCAUAUCAUUAAAAUACCAUUUAAAGACCUCUUUGUCAUAAGUUAUAACGCAAAUGAUUCGAAUUCUUACAAAAUUCAAGUCAGAUCAAUGGUUGAGCACUUGAUAAAUGCCACACCAUAUCCCAUUGAAGAAUUUCUUAAGAGAAGAGCUGUAGAACAGAAUUAUAACUUAGAUUCAACUCAAAAAGAUUUAAUGGAGAACUUUUUAACGAGAAUACCACGUUUAGUGCAAGCUGUACAAGACUCCAAGCUUAUAGAAGUUGUUGCCGAAGAAACAGGCAUAAAAGGAGUGAAAGUUGAAGUGAUUUCAUUGAUUGAAGAAAAUAAUUAUUAUGUUUUCCCUUCAAAUGUAAUGAGUGAGUGUCCAGAAGAGAUAUCAGGUAUAACAGAACCAACCCACAUGCAAAUUGAUGAGCAAAAUGAGAUUUUUGUUAUUCCAUCAACUUCAACUACUUCAUAUUGCAUUUUUAGUGGUAUUUCGGACUACAGCUCUAUUGAUGAACGAUUACUGGUGUAUUUGGGUAACGCUACGAUCGUUUUAUUCCCUUGGGCUUUAAUGGAAAUUCAAUUUAAUGAUAUGAUACAUAGACAAACAUAUCUUAGAUGGUCAUUGAGGAUUUCUAUUGACUCUAUAUCAGAUUUAAUUGACUAUAACCUCAUUUACAAGGAGUAUUCUCCUCCAAUUUCUGAAAAAGAUUUUAAAUCCGAAAAACCUUUCCAUAUUUUGAUAGAAACGAAGCGAGGAAUCGAAGCAUCAAUCGAAUGUGAUGAAGUUAUUGAGGAUGAUGUCUCAAAAAGUGUUCUUGAAUCGUACAAAGAUUAUUUAUCUUUCGCAUUAUCAUCAAGGAGCUCAGUAAGAGAAGUUCCAUCAGAGGUGUUCAAUAGUAUAAUUGAUUAUGUCCAAAUUUUCAAGUGCGAUAAUACAAAAUUGAUGAAUUGGAUAAAAAUAAUUUUAUCUUUCUUCAAAACUAACAAUUAUGACAUCAAUGUUAACCUCAAAAAGAUGAAAUUUGUUAAAUCCAUUUUAUCCAAGCUUUCUGUCUACAACUGGUUCUCAGAUGAUGAUAAAUCUGUGAUUAUGAUUUUAUUGUUCUUGAAUGGGCUUGAAAACUUUUGGAGAAUUAAGGCAGAUGAUUACCUAAUAGAUUUAUGCUCAAAUUCAAGCCUUUAUGGAGCUCCUUACGUUGCCGCAGUUUUUAAUUCUAAUUUCGGAAUUGGAAAUGGAUUAAGCAUUGAUCGUGCAAAGCAUAUCGCUCGCCUAUUUUCCUAUUACUCAAUUGGCCCGAAAAUGGAACAAGAACUCGAAGUUAUUGCAAGAGUUAGAUUUAUUUCAGAUAAGGGCUGGGAAAAGUCAGAUGAAGCAAAGGUAUUCGUUGGAAAGUCUCUAAGUAUCCUUAGUCGUGCAGAGCCUUGGUUAGUUUCGCCUUUUGAUCCUUCAGCUUUUGCAAACCAGAAAAGAGAGUUGAUUUAUCUUGAAAGAGUACUUUUGCCACUGUUUUCAUACUACAGCAUGAAGAAUGAGUUCAUGAUGGGCGAUAUGAGAACAAUUUGA